AAAAUCAGUGACAACAACUGAGUGGGUGUGCGGAAGUAAAUUAUUUUUUUCUUGUUGUCUAAAUUGACGUGUUGCUAUAACAUUCGUGUGUCAGUUGUUAAGUGAUUAUUAUCGAAUUAAAUACGAUGAUUUGUGGCAAAAUGGUGUGCAUGUGAUUCGGUGAGAAUGCAUCAACAACAACGAAUCUAAUCUACAGCAAAUAAUCAAGAACAGAGAAUCCAAAGCCCCGUAGCAAAGUAUAAUAAUCAAGAACAACUAACGGAUAAUUAUAAAGUGCAAGGCAAUUUUUUUUUGAUCAAAAUCUUCGAUCUUGUUCGUUGAACGGAAAAUGGCAAUAAAGUGACACGUCAAAACUUUCACAAAAAACUGAGUUUUGUUCUGUUUUUUUGUUUUGUUUUGAUGUGCAGAAAUAUUCAUCAUCUGAAAAAAGAAGUGUUUGUGAUUUUGUUCGUGCAUUUGAAGAUUUCCGUCAAUAGAAUUUCAAGCAAAAAAAAAGUGUGUUAGAGUGCACCUGAAACGGUAAAGAACAAUCUAAAAGGUAUCAUGCUGCUUGGAGCAUCAAAUCAUUGCAGUGCGACUGCAGCAGCUGCAGCAGCUGUGGCCGCUGCAUCAAAAAAUGGCACGGACUUUUCAAUUGCGGCCAUUAUGUCCAGAGGCUCAAUGAGCCGAGAACCAUCCGAACGUAGCCUCAGUCCAUUAUCAAUGGAUAGAUAUGCAGAAAUCGAUGAUGAAGUCGAUGUUGAACAGUGCAGUGACUCAGAAUCAAGACGAAACACACGGAAAACAGGUCAAAAAUUGUUAGCAUCACCGUCAUGCGCAUCGGAUGAUGAACGAUUAACUCCUGAACAGAUUUCGACCAAAACUCGCCUGACUGAUUCAUGUAACUGUGAUGAUUUAGCCCCGAUACAAUGUCACUUGGAAACGAAAGAAUUGUGGGAUAAAUUUCACGAACUAGGAACGGAAAUGAUAAUUACAAAAACUGGCCGGCGAAUGUUUCCGACAGUGCGAGUUUCGUUUUCGGGACCAUUGCGAUUUAGCCAACCAGCUGAUCGGUACGCCGUUCUAGUUGAUGUUAUUCCGACUGAUGUUCGUCGCUAUAGAUAUGCGUAUCAUCGAUCGGCGUGGCUUGUGGCUGGCAAAGCCGAUCCACCACCACCACCACGAUUGUAUGCCCAUCCAGACAGUCCAAUCAGCGUCGAUGUACUGCGGAAACAAGUGGUCUCUUUUGAAAAAGUCAAACUUACCAACAACGAAAUGGAUAAAAGUGGACAGAUUGUUUUGAACUCAAUGCAUCGGUAUCAACCGCGGAUACACUUGGUUCGACUGUCACCGGGUCGCAAUAUUCCGACAACGCCGAAAGAAUUACAGGAAUUAGAUCAUAAAACAUUUAUUUUUCCGGAAACUGUAUUCACCGCCGUGACGGCGUAUCAAAAUCAACUGAUAACUAAGCUGAAAAUUGACUCCAAUCCUUUUGCAAAAGGCUUUCGCGACAGUUCACGACUGACGGAGUACGAUAGAGACCCGAUGGAUUCACUGUUGCUGGAGCAACACUUGCGAGCACCGUUGCGAUUCUUUCCCGAUUCGAUGCUAGCACAGUUUGCUGCUCAAGAAUCGGAAUCGGCUUCAGCUGCUCUGUUGGAAAAGGCACGUCAACACUUGCAGAUGAUGGGUCGUGCACCAUAUCCCGAUCUACUAUUGCCGCAAAUGUAUCAACGAUCAAAUUUUUCACCGUUAAACUUAGGCCUGUGGCAAAAUCAAUUGCCACCCCAAUUGUCUGCCGGCUUUUUGUCAGCGGCUGCUUUUGCAAAUGCUAUGGGCAAUCGUGCACCAGUUUUACCGACCACAUCAACCGCGGCGAUGCCACUUCAAAUGCCGACAAAUCAACUGCCCUUGACUCAAGCCACAUCCAUCAUCAUACCGCCAAAUUCAUCGUCAUCAUCGGAUUCAUCAUCGCCCGAUUUGCGUGUCAAAAACUUUGCACGUUUCAGCCCGUAUCCGUUGUCAAAUCAUCAUCCACGGCGACAACAAUCGUCACCAUCAACACGCAAUUCACCAAAUUAGUUUGUAUAUUUCACCUUUAUUUUAUUUGUACGAAAUGAAAUAUUUUACACACAUAUUUAGUUUAGAGAUGAGACUAUUUUAGACAAAAGCAUUUGCAUUUUGACCAUAAAUUCGGCAUUUCGAUUUUCACCUCGAUGUGUUUUUCUUUAGUGUAAGCCUCUAUCGGAGGAAAUCAGUUGAGAAAUAUACGUUUAUCAUAGACUAAGUAUUGAAUGUUCCUUUUAUUCGCCGAGAAAUUCAUUUUUAUUUAUUUUCUGUUUUCUUCGCGAAUUGCAAGCGAAUUCUCAUGCCGCCUCCUCCCUAUUUUUAUUCAUUAAGCUUCAAUUUGAUGUGUAUAUUUUAUUAGUUUUGCAUGAUUCACUUUUAUUUCGUAGCAACGUGUUCAACUGAAUAAAUUCAACGAACGAAUGGAGAGUAGCAAAUUGAUUUAUUUGAUACGCUGUAAUGUUUUUUUUCUUCUGAUUUUAAAAUUCAAACACAAAUGUUCACUAUAUAGUAAAACACAACUCAAUAUGUAUAAAUGGUAGCAUUAAGUGAGUAAUAUCUUCUGUACAAAUAGCAACAAAAAAAAAUAUGAUGAUGAAACACAACCGAAUUCACUCAAAAACGUUAAAACAACACUACAACUUGCUAACAACACUGUUUUGUGCAUAGAACAAUUAAGAUGAAAAUAAUAAAAUAAAUCAAGUGGAAGAAAUAAAAUGGAAAUAAAUCUUGAAA